CCGAGCGCCCCGGGAGCCGGAGGGGGGGCGCGGGCGGGGGGCGGGCGCCGCCGAGGCUUCCGUCUGGCUCGCGCGGCGGCGGCGGCAGAGGUCGCGCACAGAUGCGGGUCGGAGCGGCGCGGGGCGGAGGCGGAGGCGGGAAGGCGGCUGCCCGAGGAGCCCCGCAGGCGCCCGCCCGCCGGAUGCCCGCGGUGCAGGAACGAUGCAUCAUGGAAUGAAGCCGAGCCCCGGAGACGGAUGCCUGGAGUGGCAGCAGCCGCCGCCGCCGCCGCCGCCGCCCCCCCGCCGGCUCCUGGCCGCCGUCCUGUGGUUCCAGCUGGCGCUGUGCUUCGGCCCCGCGCAGCUCACGGGCGGGUUCGAUGGCCUUCAGGCGUGCACGGACCCAGGCGUCCCCGAGAACGGCUUCAGGACGCCCAGCGGAGGGGUGUUCCCUGAGAGCUCUGUCACCCAGUUUCACUGUGAAGACGGGUUCAAGCUGAAGGGCUCCACAAAGAGACUGUGUGCGCGACACCCUAACGGCACCCUCGGCUGGAUCCCCAGCGAUAAGCCUGUCUGUGCGCGAGAAGAUUGCCGCGUCCCUCAGGUGGAGGAUGCUGAGAUCCGUAACAAGACCUACAGACACGGAGAUAAGCUGAUCGUCACCUGUCACGAAGGGUUCAAGAUCCGUUACCCCGACCUCCACAACAUGGUUUCGCUGUGUCGCGAUGAUGGGACUUGGGACAAUCUGCCCCUCUGUCAAGUUAGUUCUCCCCAGGAAGAGCACGGCUCGGCAGGGCCAUUAUUCCCGCCAGUGGAACCACUGAAGGCAGCAAGAGGUCCCAUGGUUGCAGCGGAUGCCACACCGGACCCGAACCAGAGGCUCAGGGGAGGACCCAGCAGUCUGCUCUGCGACGCCCUCUGUCCGGGCUGCCUGAGACCUCUCUCCUCCUCUAACGGCUACGUGAACAUCUCCGAGUUCCAGACCUCCUUCCCCGUGGGGACCGUCAUCUCCUAUCACUGCUUUCCUGGCUUUAAGCUGGAGGGGUCGGAGUAUCUUGAAUGCUUGCACAACCUCAUCUGGUCGUCCAGCCCGCCCCGGUGCCUCGCUCUGGAAGUGUGUCCGCUGCCCCCCACCGUGAGUCACGGUGAUUUCGUCUGCCACCCGCGGCCUUGUGAGCGCUACAACCAUGGGACCGUGGUGGAGUUCUACUGCGACCCCGGCUACAGCCUCACCAGCGACUACAAGUACAUCACCUGCCAGUACGGGGAGUGGUUCCCCUCCUACCAGGUUUACUGCAUCAAGUCAGAGCAAACGUGGCCCAGCACUCACGAGACCCUCCUGACCACGUGGAAGGUCGUGGCGUUCACGGCGACCAGCGUGCUGCUGGUGCUGCUGCUGGUCAUCCUGGCCAGGAUGUUCCAGACCAAGUUCAAGGCCCAUUUCCCUGUCAGGGGGCCUCCCCGGAGCUCCAGCAGCGACCCGGACUUCGUGGUGGUGGACGGGGUUCCCGUCAUGCUUCCGUCCUAUGACGAGGCUGUGAGCGGCAGCUUGAGGGCCUCAGGCCCUGGGUACCUGGGCUCCGUGGGCCCAGGCUGCCCCUUGCCUGUGGACGACCAGAGCCCCCCGGCAUACCCCGGCUCAGGGGACACGGACACGGGCCCAGGGGGCUCAGAGCCCUGUGACGGCGUCUCAGGCUCCUCUGAGCCGCUCCAGAGUCUGUAUUCACCUUCCGCGUGCCCGGGGGGCCCCCGCCCCGACAGCGCUGACACGGGGGCCGGCUCGGCGCGGGAGACGGCGUCCAGCAGCCCAGGCAUCGACAUCGCCGACGGGAUCCCUCUGAUGGAAGAAGAUGCCUGACCAGCAGAGGUCCGACCAUCUUCCUGCCCCUCGGGGAUGUGAACUGUGCGCCCUGGGGUGAGGCCUCAGGGGGACAGAGCUCCGGGGCGCUGGGGGGUUCCAGCUUUGGGGGCCGUGACUCACAUCAUCCAUCGCGGACUCGACUCUGCGGCUGGUAGGCUGGCGGCGGUUUUCACGACAGUGGAGGGUAGCAGGGGGCCCGGGCGGUCCUGGAGAAGGUGUCCGAUGUGUCCCUGCCGCGGAGCAAUCCCGUGACUUGUGCUGUGGGCGCUGCCUGCCUCCUCUGUCAGCAUGUCCCUCACCGGUUCGCCCCGAGGUCUGCCGUGCUCGACGCAGGCUCCGUCUGGGGGCUGUGCUUCCCGCGGGAGGCCCCUGGGGAAGGCUCCCGGGGGGGUUGGGGCAACCUCCCUGACCCGACACUGUACUCAGAGCGGGCGCAGCAAUCCCAGCGAGGGAGGAAGGAGAAGACGAGGGCGGACUCUGCUUUCUGGAAGCCUGUCCAGAAGCGGUCGUCCUUUGGUGAAGCGUGAUGAGCGUCUGUCCACGGCCUGGCGCGCAGACGGUGCGUCGGGUGAGUCUGGUGACCUUGGGGAUGGCCGGAUGUGCUCAGACGCGGGGCCUGGCAGGGAACGUUACAAGGUAACGUUUCAUUCAGCGGUUUAAGGAUUCGCGUGACCGUGUGUCUCAAGAGCCGCGAGCCCCCUCAUUACCCGUUACGGCGUCGCCCCCAACAGCCAUACAGUUUAUUUUCCAAAACAGAGAUUUUCUGUACACGUGUUCUUCCUCCAAAUAAAGUAUGAAUGAAGUUGGA